AUGGCGCUUUCUUGUGGUACAAAGUGUAUCAAAUACCUCCUCUUCAUAUUUAAUGCACUGGUUUUCCUCUUCGGUGCCGUCAUUACUGGAUUUGGUAUCUACUUUGUUGUGGAGGCAACGAAAAAUAUUGGUGGUCAAGCAGUUGGCAUUCCAGCCUUCAUCCUAACGCUGGGCCUGCUUGUUUUUAUAAUCGGAUUUUUGGGCUGCUGUGGAGCCUGCAAGGAGCACGUCUGCAUGCUUAAAACCUUUGUUACGGUGAUGGCUGAUGGCAUUGCCGACCAGAUUAAGCAUCUGAACACACUUCCUCCAGAGGAGAGGAAGGAAACGCGAAAGGCGUUAGAUGAGCUCCAAGAAAAGCUGAAAUGUUGUGGAGGCCACAGUGCAGCUGAUUGGAAGAAUGUUCCCGCUUCCUGCUGCAAAAACGGAAAGGCGAACUGCCCAGAUCCCUACCCACAGGGUUGCGCAAAAGCCAUGUAUGAAGAAAUAAAGAACAAAGCCUUAGCCGUGGGAAUUGUCAUCUUUGUCAUGGCCAUAAUCCAACUUGGAGCAAUCAUUUCAGCCUGCUGCCUGGCCAAAAAGAUUGGCGAAUAUGAAAAGGUCUAG